GUACCAUGAUUAGAAACCACUUGAUCGUCAGUUCUUUCGCCCUGAAUCCGAAUUGUUCUCGAAGCAUCAAUUGUUAAUGCCAGUCUGCCAAAAUGACGUCAUUCGGGUGAUCUUGACCCGAAUGGGAGGGGGUGACCAGAAUGACGUCACACUAGGCAUGAUGUCGAAGGCGAGCACGCUGGAUGGCGUUGGUAUAUAAGGCACUGCUGGUUUCUGUGUUUUGCCAUCUCAACAUCUCAACCUCUACUACUCAUCCUAUUACGAAUCCAACUUUGAAUCACCAUGACUACUCAACCCCCUCACUAUGCUUCCACCUUCGGGACUCCUCACCAGGAUCCCAGCUCCACCACUCCGACAGGCACUCAUCUAUCAAGUGCCAACCAAGCGGCCUCUGAGCAUGAGACCACGGGGGUCGGACACCAGACUGCGCCAUUGUCUAGCAGCCAUCAGCCGUCGUCAACUGGUGCUGGCGCGGGGGGCUCCGAGGCGGCUAAGAAAGGCGAACAGCUCGGACAGGGAGUGCAUUCUGCUGCAGCAGGAAUCCAUGGUUUUGGAGAGAGCUUGCGAGGCGGGCUAAAUGCGGCCGUUGACAAAGCCUUUGGCCACGACGAAGGAGUCGCGAAGAAUGCGAAUAUUGCCGAGAAGGGCGAACGACAGGUUCAGUCUGGCCAUUUUUCUGGUCAUUGAGACUAAUUGUCUUGAUUGACGGCUCAAGGCAGACUGUGGAUAUGAUACGAUGU